ACCCUCCUGGCUGGCCGCCCUCUGGCCCUCCCGUAUAAAAACUAGAGCGGUCUGGUGUCCUGUAGCUCGACACAUUUCUCAGCUGGAGCGAAACCCAGCCAAUCAGAAAAGAGAGCCGGAGAGGGUAUGGGUUUCUACUGGUCGACUGGGUUAUACGUAACAGUGUAUGGAGAGGUAGGGGUAAAAGUCUAGCAUUAAUAAUAGGUUUGGUGCUCUACUUUUACCUCCAAGUCAUCGGUAACAAAGGUUCAUUUGAUAUAGCGAGGCAUAAUGGCUUAGCGAAAGGGUAGAUAGUGGAUCAAUGUGUCCGUCGCAGACCUAUAUCUCAGCUACCAUGGUCAAGGACGAAUGGGAGGAAGUGCUAGCUAAACGUUACUAGGGCAGCGUGUGGUCCACUCCCGAAACGCCUGCUCUGACCCUGUCAAGAAGCUGGCCCGUUUCCUGGAGCUCGCCAGUCUCCCGCCUGCCCUCAUUCGGUAAAGAGUGUAGAUGAACGCCACACAGAGGGCGAAGUGACGGUGUAAUAUACAGAGCAACCGUGGAUGUGCUGGAAAUAUGGCGCUUUGAUAUUGGUUUUCAGUGAACCAAUGAACGCGAGUGACGAUGACCAUGUGCAAAAAGACUUACUUUAUUAAAGGAAUGUACAGAAGACGGAUUCUCCGUCAGGCAUGAUGGCGUGGCACGUGGUGACGAUAAUGGUGGUGGCGGCGGCGGCGGGCAGCGGGGUGACGGAGGCCGCCAACAUGGAGGACACGGUGAAGGACCUUUAUGCGGAGCCACCCGUGGGUCAGCAGGGACGAUUCUUCCUCAACUAUGACCAAGCGGCGGCCUUCAACACCUCCGUCGCCUUCACCAUCCCUUUGUUCUCCUUCACGCUGCCCGGCGCCAGUGACACCAGUGCUGCCGGCAUGAACCCCCAGGCCUUUGGCGCAAUUGCCUUCGUUGCACUCUUCCUGCUGGGCGGCCUGGGUGUGUCUAUCUACACCACCUCCCAGGGUGCCGUGGGAGGCGGCAGACAACACUCAGACGGAGGGUCGUCAUACCAUGAGUCGCUGCUGGCCUGGCUGCUAAACGACUCUCUCUAUGGCCUCCCCAACAUCGUGGACACCGGCAGCUGUGCUAGGCUGGCGGUGUGUGGGGCCUACGCCGAGCCGCAGAGAUACGGCCUCUUCGCCCUACCCAUCAGAUUUCUAGUGCCGUCCCUUCCUGACGUGCCCCAGGCGGAGCUCACCGAAUUCCAGAAGGCGGCCCGCUACGGCGACGAGGGAGUGAGGGACUGCCAGUACGAGUUCCCGUGCCUAGUCCAGCCUCUCGACCUGCUACUCUACAUGUACGAGUAUUGGUUUGGAGACGACUAUGCAUAAUACGUGACCAAAAGAGCUACAGGGCAUCGAGGGACGACGGACGAAGCCCCAUACCUCAACCGACUCGUAAUGGCUGUCCUGUGACCUAAUUAAUGACUCUAUAGUGAGUCAGCUUCAUUAUCUCGUUGUAGAGUUUGGAUGUUUUCCGCGUCGAUCCACUUUUCUGAAGUCACAUAACGGCGUGGUUGGCAUUUCUUUCGAUUUAUAAACGGUACUGACGUAUUUAGCUCAAAGGAAGAGCGACGGCGUAAAGUGAGGUGCCGGGACACGGACCAUGAACUGCUGCGGCGCCUGACAGACACCACAAAUUACAGUGACGAUUUUUUUUUCUCCAGAAAUACAACAGACAGAAACCAAAAAUAGUGAUAAGGUGAUAUCAUUUCAUACAGAACUUUGGCUAAGACCUGACAAUGUUUCCGAACUCCCCCUGAGUUAACGAGCAAGACACGUAACCCACCUGCGAGGGGCGGCUCGACGCGCUGCAGAACAAGGUAUUAGACGAGGCGUCGACACCGAAGAUAGAGGAGACUCCAGGACCGUGACGCCGGCCACCCGUGUGUGCAGUCCGCCCCGCCAAGACAAGGAGCCAGAAGCAACACGUAUAGAUAUACUUUUACUGUAUCAUGCUCAGAAAUAGUAUUAAAUGGGGAGGCCAUGAUGAACGAAAAACUAACAUGGCCUCCCUUUCCUUUGUGUAUAACAAACAUAAGAGUAGCCAGAAUUCAGUUACUAUGAACAGUUUGUCAGUAUUCCCAAAGCUUGGUUGGUGUUGGUGAAUGGUGCAGAGAAAAGCCUUCGGAACACCCCCGGUAGUUGUUAGGCCAAGUUCAGUACCCUGUGUCCUUCCCGCCUCUUGAGAGGUGUCACCUGCUUACCUCACGCCAACACUCCCUAGCUGACUCACGCCUUCCCUCGACACCACUAUCAUUUGUACAUAAGCAGCUUUGUCAUACAUCCAGGUCUGAGAGCCAAGUGAACACCCCGCCCUUCCUUCCUCUCUUCCUCAGCCGUCCUAGGUAAUGAGCACCAAAGUUUCAUGAUUUUAACUGUGUAUGUGUGUGUGUGUGUGUGUGUGUGUGUGUGUGUGU